AAAGGGGUUUUCGUAAUGACACUCCCCCGCAGUGAGGCCGCGAUCACGGACUUGCCAAAUGCUUAUCAUUCGAGAAAAAAUGGCCGACAGUUGGGGGGCUAUAAGAAGGGGCGAUGGCGACGGAACAGUCACUCUUGUCAGUUUGGUGACACAGUGAUCUUACUUAUUUACUCAACCAGUCUGACACAUAGUCAAAAAACCACCAUCGCAAUGGCCACUUUGGGACUUUUGGUUAAAACCGAGUUGAAAAAACCCUCAAUUUCCGCAAUCGCACUCAACCGCAGCAACUACCACACUUUGAAGAAGUACCAAAAAUGCUACAAACUCCUGGGAAUCUACAAAGACGACAAGGAGCUCAGAACCUCGCAAAUUGCAACCGUUGGCCACCGGGAAGCCGCUCCAGAGCCCCGUAACGAAUUCUCCGAGAUCGCAGGCGCUUUGAAACUUUUCAUCAACGCUAACAAGAAAUCUCGCCGCGAGGAGAAAGAAAAUUACAAGAACCCUCUCCAGAUCAAAAAGAAGCAAUUCCCCAAGAUCCGCGCAACUCAGGCCGCCGAGAACGUGGUGAAGCACCGCGUGUCCAAAAUCUCAGCCGAGAAGAACGAGCAGAACGACAACAGCAUGUUCUUGCCGUUUUCGAAGAAGAAGUUUGGCUUGGAACGCACUGUUGAAGAGAUGAUCCAGGAGUCGAUUUCCAAGGGCGAGUUCAAGAACCUGCCCGGCUUCGGGAAGCCGCUGCCUGACAACGACAUCAGGAACCCCUACGUGGACUUUGUGACCCAUCGCUUGAACGAGGUUUUGAUCGAUAACGGGUGCACGCCCAAGUGGAUCACGCUCCAGAAGGAGAUCCGGGAGGAGAUCCAGACCCUGAAGGAGUCGCUGGCGAAGGCCAGGGCCAGGUUCGGGCCCUACCCUCUGGACAAGCAGGAGAGCGCGCAGUGGGAGCAGGCUGUGCUCGACUUCCAGAAGACCACCGAGCAAGUCAACAAGAAAAUCCGCAACUUCAAUCUGUUGGUGCCCAUUAUUGAGAAGCAGAUGUUCCAAGUGGAUUUGAAGAGGCAGGCCGAGAAGGUGCUGCUCAAUGGCAAGUUCAGGAAGCCGGUGGUGGAGCCGGUGCAGAGGCAGAGAUCUGACAUUUUCGAUUUUCUCGACGUUUUGUUUAAGUAAGCUAGUUUAGUGUGUUUCGAAGGGUACUUAAUGGAAUUAUUUGGUAUCAAUUGAUUUUCGAUUUAAUUGGUACCAUUUAAUUCCAUUUCGGAAUUUUCGAAAUGUUCAUGUGAUAAUACUUGUGUAUUAUUAGUUAAUUUUCUCUUAGAAAAAUUGUUUUUGUUUCGACAAAAUUGUAUAAAACGUUUCAAGACUUGGCAUUUUUUUACAAAAAGUGCACAAGCUUUCGGUCUGGUUUUUUAAAUAUUUAUUUUUGUAUUAUUUUUUAAAGUUAUUUAUGCUGUGGUAUGUAAGAUAUCCGCGAUGAUUCUUUCGUUCUCACGAAACUCUUGCCUGUAUUUUAUCAAAUACACUUUAUUUGUAACGUUCUUGCCUUGGAAAAAUAAAGAAAAAGUAAAUUAA